AUGUGGAAUACAUCGGAUCAUGAGCUGAGUACAGACAUCGCUGGCCGUAUAGCUGCUGUCGAAGCUGAAGAUCAAUUACUUCAACCAGAAUGGUGGUAUUUAACUCUAUCCAUAGUUCCCUUAGUAUGUAUAGCCGGGAACUGUAUGGUUGUUGGAGCUGUCUUCACCACUCGCAGCUUGCAAACACCCACAAAUCAUUUAUUAGUCUCCCUAGCGAUGGCUGAUCUGAUCGUUGGAGCAUUUGUUAUGCCAUUUAGUAUUUAUCUUUCAAUCAACGGGUUACACUGGCACUUACCUCUCUCUGUUUGUUAUUUUUAUUGUGUGCUUGACGUAGCCGCCAGUACUUCUUCAAUAAUUCAUCUUGUUUUAAUCAGCAUUGACAGGCUUGUCGCUGCUACAAAGCCCGCAGAAUACAAAACGAUGAAACAUAAGAAACGUGUAUAUUUAGCAAUAGCUGUUACAUGGGUUUUCAGCAUUGGGCUAUCCUUACCCUUAGUUGCAGGCACAGGAUUCAAUACGAGAACAAAACAUUUUCUCUACACAGAACAUCAUUGUGGAAUUUAUAGUCCAAUUUAUAUGUUGUCCAGUAGCAUUUUUGCUUUCUACUUACCUUGUGUCACAAUGUUAUUCACUUAUGGUUAUAUAUUUUAUACAUUACGGAAACGUCUUCGAGCUAUUCAACUACAGGAAAUGGCUGGUGGACAGUUUCUUGGUUUUGGUGCUGAUGUGGGUAACAUCACUACUUCAGCCAUUCAAUCAGUCAUUGGUAUUGCUCCGAAGAACCGAAAUAUGAUUUCAUGGGAAAAGCCAUUGUUGAAGAAAAUUGAAGAAACAGCUGCAGAGCAUGCUAGUUCAUUGAAUGACAGUGAAAGGGAGCAGUUACAAACUAUAUUGGAAGCAGUACAUCCAUCAUCUUCUGGGAGUCAAGAGAAUAGUACAAUGAAUAUAGAAGAAGAUAUGGAUAGUUGCCGACCUCCAUCAGUUCUGCUGGAAGCAGUCACAUUGCGAUGUGAAAUUGAUACGAGUGGACCACAAUUGGAAAUUCCUAAACCAGCUUAUGCGAAGAAUAUGUCUCGAAGGUUCUCGGAUGCUGUACAAUCGCUAUCGUCGAACAAUCGAAAUAAAACGGUUUCUUUCGCAGGACCUUCAAAGCGUCGUCACUCGCACAGUCCUAUAAGUAUGGCGGAAGAGGAGCAAAAACAGAACAGCCUGCGACCACCCUUGGCUGAAAGGAGGAAAAUGAGAAGAUUAUCAGAAAUGAUUUCUGAUUGGGAGCGUCCGUCCAGAACCUCAUUAUCCAAUAUGUAUUCUUAUGCCCGUCGUGAAAGUGUAUAUAUAGCCAGAAAGAAACUUGCUGGUCUCAAGGACUGGGCUUUAGAUUUGUUAGCGAAAUUGAAAUCAAAACAAGGUAUGGCUAUUCGUCGUGAAACACGAGCAACCAAACUUGUGGCAACUGUUAUGGUGGUGUUCCUCGUUUGUUGGCUACCGUUCUUUUCAUUGAACAUGUUCAAAAUAUACAAACUGAUCUAUGAUGGAUGGUCAUCGGAUAUGGAAAAGCUAUUCCAUUGGUUCACAGCUCUUGGAUAUCUUAAUUCUUCAUUGAACUUCUUCAUCUAUUCAACUAUUAAUCCUAAAUUUCGUCAUUCAUUCCGCCGUCUACUUGGUUUCCGAAAAUCAAGAAGAAGGAAAGAAAAAUCUUGGAUGAACCCGCCGAAAGAGAGCAGCAGGGGUCCGGUCAAAUGUGGAUGUGGGCUGAACAAGAUAGUCAAAGGACCGCUUCGACGAGCUUCAUCAGCAUUACCAUUAGCUAAUCGCAAACAGUCCGUGCCUAAACCGGAGAUAAUCAUUGACGAAAUAUCUCCGAAUCGAAUAUCAAUCUCGGCUGGUGGUAACACUACAUUUAGAAGAUCUUCAGAUGACUGCAUUCGCCGCUCGUCGUCAGAAAUCAUUGGUGGAAUUGUCCUACCUUCUCAGAGCAGUAAUGACAAGCGACGUAGCUCCGGAAUGUCGAACAGUUCAGCUUCUCUUCAAAUACAUGAAACACGUAUGACAUUUGAAGCUAUGGUACACGAUCAGUGGACGCCGAUGUUUCAGUUACAGCCCAACUUCCCGUCUUUCCCUCCUGACGAUCAAACAGCCGAAAGUCCUUUGUAG